GAUCCUUCCUUUCAAUCAUUAUGGUAAGUAGGGGGCGUACAUGAUGAUGGAUGCAGUGGAUAAGAGCAAAGACGUAUAGAGAAAACGAACGGAUGGAUGGAUUUACGGAUGGAUUGAUGCAUGGGAAAUCCCCACAAAGCUAUCCAUUAAACGACGGAUCCGUUUCACCAACAAAAAUAUCGAUAUCGAAUUGCCGGCACAUUCUAAUCGUUUCUCCAACAUUACCAUUCUUCCAAUCCAUUGUUAUUAUAGGCUGAUCAGCAGCAGACUACUCAGAGAAAGAGAACUUUCCGCAAGUUCACCUACCGUGGUGUCGACCUUGACCAGCUCUUGGACUUGUCCUCUGAGCAAUUCAUGGAGUUGGUCCAUGCCCGUGCCCGCAGACGCUUCCAGCGCGGUUUGAAGCGCAAGCCCAUGGGUCUUAUUAAGAAGCUUCGCAAGGCCAAGAAGGAGGCCGCUGCUGACGAGAAGCCCGCUACUGUCAAGACCCACCUCCGUGACAUGAUCAUCGUUCCUGAGAUGAUUGGCUCUGUUGUUGGCAUCUACAACGGCAAGGUUUUCAACCAGGUCGAAAUCAGAGCCGAAAUGGUUGGCCACUACUUGGGUGAAUUCUCCAUCUCCUACAAGCCCGUUCGUCACGGUCGCCCUGGUAUUGGUGCCACCCACUCUUCGAGAUUCGUUCCUCUCAAGUAAAAAC